AUUAGCUUGAAUAUGAUCUUUAGUUUACACUCAUGUAAAAACUCUUAAUUUUUUUGGGAUUCUAUUCUUAUCUUCAAAGUCAGGAGUUCAGAAAAAUCUUCCAAUUCCCAACUCGCUUUCAAUGUCCGUUCGUUCUAGAUGGAAAGCAACAUAAUAAUAUAUUAUCUACACCAUUGAUAAAGAUACUCCCUUCAAAGGAUAGAUGGGAACUUCAAAACAUAGAGUGACAAAGGGAAUGGUAACUUCAAAACAACGUCUACAGACCCGAACGAAAAAAUAGAAAUCGGAAGUGUUACGUCGUGUUUCACAUGCCUUUAGACCAUGUUAUGGUAACUCAGAUCUUCAAAACUUGGGCUUGCAAAAAAUAGGAAAGAAUGCAACUAGGAGAUGGCAUCCUUGUGGUCGGAGAGUUUACGAUGUCAAAGUCAAUAAAUUCUCUUGAAAGUUUACAAAUAAAUGAGAGAGUCAAUGGAUCAGAGUGAGUUUUCUAGUAUCUGAGACUUGCUAUUUAUACCAUAAAUCUAGGGGGAUAGAAAACGUCUGCCCCCAUGAAGCCUGUGUCUUUUGUAUUGUUCAUUUGUCAGAAUCCUUUAAUGCGGUAUGACUCAGCAACGGUGUCAUUAAUAUGACGUGUAGCUCGGGCAGUGGUGUCAUUAAUGAGGUGUGGUUUUUCGAUUUCUCCCAUCCCGCUAGUGUCCUUGGUGGUUCGUUGAUGCCCUUCCUAUCAGAUAAUCGAUGAUUUCCCGUAUAUUAUGUCCACUACACGAACAAUCAAGCAAGAGCUAAAUACUAUUCGAGGGGUCUCUCCUGCGGCAUGUUUUCUCAUGUAGGUUGCAUCUAGAGGAGCCUACCCAUGAGCCGAGUCAGAUACUCUACUUGUUCUAGGCUGAAUUUUUUAUUCUUGUUUCUUUAGUUAUUAUUCUUAGACUCAGUGGAAUAGAGGAGGGAAAAUCUCAUUACAGUAAGAUUACAUGUAAGUGGCUAGGGGAUGACAAAGGGUGAAAGACGACGGUGAUAAACAACUUCCAACCGGCGAAAUUUGGUGGAUAAAUCAAUGAUGUGUACUCUGCGGCGGCUUGAACGAUAUAGGGCUGCUAAAGGCUUGAUGGAAUAUCGGGUGCGGUAACUGGUAAGGGGCUCUUACUAGUUCAAGGAAGAUCUGGUGUGAUAAGCUUCAUUAUGUUUUGGGUAGAGUUGCUGACGUGGCAGAUUUUCAUUGACUGUUAAAGCCAAAACAUCAGCCCGACCGCUCCAAAGCGUUUUUGCUCAGGGAAUUUACGCUUUCUUGAUUCAUUGAAAGAGUACUCUAAUAAAAGAUUAGAUCGAGAUGGAUUCAUCUGAAUAUUCAAGUUCUCCGCCCAAAUCAGAAUCGCAAAAGGCAAGGCUUUCCGCUGUCCAUAAUCCAUAAUCCACUCUCCUCUCUCUCUCUCUCUCUCUCUCUCUUUUUGUCUAGUAGUUAUCUCUGCUCGUCCACUUGGAAAUGUUGAAGGUGUGGAAAUGGUACCAGAACUGCUUGGCCGUCCACCCAGUUAAGACACAGGUCAUCAGCUCAGGUGUGAUAUGGGGUUUUGGAGAUAUAGCCGCCCAGACCAUCACUAAUUACACUGCCAAGAAGCAUCAUCAAAUUCAGGAUGAAGACAAAGAAUUGAAAAUCAAUUGGAAACGAGUGGCUACAACCAGCUUGUUUGGGUUUGGUUUUGUUGGGCCAGUUGGCCACUUCUGGUAUGAAGGUUUGGACCGAUUUAUAAGAUUUCGACUCCUAUUGCGGCCCAAUUCCUUCCGAUUUGUUGCUACUAAAGUAGCUGUUGAUGGGUUCCUCUUUGGCCCAUUGGAUUUACUUGUUUUUUUCACUUACAUGGGGUUUUCAACUGGAAAGAGUGUCCCUCAAAUAAAAGAAGAUGUGAAGAGGGAUUUUCUCCCGGCCUUGAUUUUGGAAGGAGGCAUAUGGCCAAUUGUUCAAGUUGCAAAUUUCCGAUACAUACCUGUGAGAUAUCAGCUUCUUUAUGUCAACUUCUUCUGCUUGUUGGAUAGUUGUUUUUUGUCAUGGAUUGAGCAACAACAGGAUGCUCCCUGGAAGCAAUGGUUGAAAUCUUAUCUACCUUUGAAGGAACAAAAAGGCCAAGGUGGGUGAUUUCUGGUCAAACUGUUUCAUCUUUCAUCCAGGCCUUGCUCUGAUCAUGAUGGAGAUACAUGUCAAGUAAAGACUUCAUCGAUAGCCCUAAAAUACCAACUUCUGUUUUAAAGUUGGGAUAUGGGGAGCGAUGAAACUAUUUUUCUCACAUUGAUUUGUUUUCACUUGGAAUAUGAGGAAAUUGGCAUUGCUUGUUAUUCUAUCAUGUUUAAUCAAUAAAGAUCUUUUUUUUUUUUGGCUA